AUGGAUUGCACCUCCGGCACGUGUUUGUUUCCGUUACAUCGCUGCAAAACCAUUCACCUCGUGAGACACGCUCAGGGGAUCCACAAUGUGGAGGGAGAUAAGAACUACAAAGCGUACUUGAAUCCUGAAUAUUUCGAUGCUCAUCUCACUCCUCUCGGAUGGGAACAGGUUGAUAAUUUGCGGAAGCAUGUUCGAUCCUCUGGAUUGAUAAACAAGAUUGAUCUCGUUAUAGCUUCGCCUUUGAUGAGGACUUUGCAAACAGCUGUUGGGGUAUUUGGUGGGGAGGGAUACAGUGGUGAUAAAACGGAUGUGGUGCCUCUUAUGGUGGCAAAUGCAGGAAAUAGCUUUCGUGCUGCAAUUUCAAGUCUUAAUUGCCCACCAAUUGUUGCUGGCGAACUUUGUCGUGAACAUUUGGGAGUUCAUCCCUGUGACAGAAGAAGAAGUGUUAGCGAGUACCAGUUUCUUUUUCCUGCUGUUGAUUUUUCACUGAUAGACAGUGAUGAGGAUGUUUGGUGGAAGGAAGAUGUGAGAGAGACAAAGGAGGAACUUGCAGCUAGGGGGCUGAAGUUCAUGAACUGGUUGUGGACACGAAAAGAGAAGGAGAUAGCGAUUGUAACACACAGUGGAUUCUUGUUUCACACUCUAACUGCAUUUGGAAAUGAUUGCCACCCCUCGGUGAAGAAAGAAAUAUCCAAGCACUUUGCCAACUGUGAGCUUCGCUCCAUGGUCAUUGUGGAUAGAAGCAUGAUAGGGUUGGAAGCAUCAACAACUAACUAUCCAGGCAAGAUACCUUCAGGGCUGGACAAACCUAGUGAUGCUGUGGAUGAGAACGUUGAGAAGCAGGGCGUUUAG